UGUGGGGCCGGGCCGGGAGCGGCCCCUGCGGCUGCGGCACCCCGGGGCCCUGGCGCGGUCCUAGCUCCCGUCUGCCCUUCGGUGGGGUCCGCAGCCCCAUUCGCGUGGUUAGGGCCCCGGCACUCCCCCGCGCUGGGGCGGCUCUCCCAUGACCCGCGGCCCGCGUCCGUCCCUGCCCGGCCGGGGGCGGUUCGCAAUAAUGUGUUCAAGUGUGUCGUUUCAGCCGUCGGGCCGUGGGCUGUACCGGCCAGACCGGCCCCUCACGGCGGUCUCACUGCAGCAGCAGGAGAAGGUUCCCUGAGGAAGAGCGCUCUCUGUAUCCGAAUCGCCGCUUCCCAAGGAAGCGUGGCCAAGGAAGGCUGACCUCUGCCUCAUCGCUCGCAGGAGAGCAGCAAGGGAAGAUGGACAAAGGGAAUGUGAAUGCACGGGAUGGAGUGCUUGCUCACCUGGAAAUGCUGGAGGUGCAGGCUCAAGGGGCAGCCAUGAAGCAACAGGAAAAGGACCUGCAAGAAGAGAAGCUCACCAGGCUGAAAGCGAGAGUGAUGGAGCUGAGACUCCAGAGGGAUGAGUUACAGGCUAAAGUGAAUCUGCAGGAAAAGAAGCAACUCGAGAAAGAAGGAACUGCAUCAGAUCCAGCACAGGCCAGUCAUAAGACUGUUCUACAGUGGAAGAUAAAAAACCUCCAGGCCAUGCUGCAGGUCUUUUACCUCACAGGGAUCAGUGGGAAGCUGACCAGGCACGGAGUGUGCUUCUACAUCAGCACGGCUUACGAGGGCACCUACUUGGAUUCUUACUACCUGGACCUGCUGACCAAGUCAGAAGUGCAGAUUUACCACCACUCUGUUCCCCACUUUAUCCCCCUGGAGCAGAUCGCCAAGCAGUACUUGCAGACGGACAUCAGACGCUUCUUGUCUGUCUUGUCUGACCACCUGAAUGCUUAUGUUGGGAGGAGGUACCAAGCAGACCAGUUACAGGAACACUUUUCAGACCAGAUAAAAGGAACCUUGUGGAGAAACUCCUUGUGUAACUUGCUGGUCUUCAAUUACGACAUGCCAAGUAAAAGCAAGACCUUUCCAUUCCACGUGAGGCUGGUUUAUGGUAAUCUCUGUCACAGUCUCCCCACUGAAGUCACCAUUUCCUGCACACCGGAUGCUCCUGCAUCUCUAACAGAGACUGCCACAGCUCACACGCACCUGUUCCGCAGCAUGCCCCUGCACAAAGCCUUCCACUCCCUCAGCAGUGCAGGAGAAACCCUGGAUGGGACACCCUGAGCUUCCCUGGUCUCCCAGCUGCCCUUCCUGCGGGAGCUCAUCUCAAAGCACAGAUGUUUUCCAUGGACUGCUCGUGGGAUCCCCCAAGUAGUGAGUGACCGAAUCUUGAGAGCGAUGUUUCCUAUAGGCUUUCAGACUCUCUUAUUGCAGGUAAUCUUCUGCCAGCGCUGUGCUGCUCACAUGUCUGAAUCCUGACCUCUGUGGUUGGCACCACAAAUCUUCAUGGCUGCAGGAAACACCUCACAGCUGGGAUUAGGCAUUGUAUUAAAACUUCAGGAUCUCUCUUUGUGUUAGAAGCUGGAAGGGGUUGACAGUCAGAGGUGAGGUUUAAUUAUUGCCAGCAGCAGCCCCUGCCCUCAGCAGGGGUGCAUUAACCCCCAACCCCUGAGCCUCAACACUGAAUUUACCAAGACUUUCAUACCAGUAGUGCCUUUACACCUGUAUUUCCUGCCCUUCAGGCAGAGGGCAGCUUCACUAGUGCUCUGUUCUUCAAGUCUGGGUCAGAUCUUUGAAACUUGUCUUGUGACAGUACUUUAAUGUCUUGUCAAUAAAAGUUCUGUGUUACCAAAA